AUGGACGAUCUCGUAGAGUGGUUCAAACGUCGUGGAGGCAGCAUCGACGAAUCAGCCAUGGGCUUCACCGUCUUUCCGGCGGACGGAGGACGUGGAGCGGUGGCGUUAGGAGAUAUUCCGGAGGGGCAUGCGUUGUUCACCCUGCCUCGUUCUCUCACGUUAUCGACGCGUACCUCGUCUUUGCCUUUGAGAAUACCCGAAGAAUGGAAAAAGUACGAGCUCGGGAAAGGUUGGGUAGGGCUGAUCCUUUGCAUGAUGUGGGAAGAGGCACAACCGGAUUCUCUUUGGGCAGAGUAUCUUGCCUCGUUGCCUGACGUAUUCUCUACCCCGAUGUUCUGGAGCGAAGAGGAGUUAUCUGAACUGAACGCUACAGCAAUAAUAGACAAGAUUGGUAAAGAUGAAGCGGAAAAGGAAUACCACAACAAACUGCUUCCGACAGUGAGGAGCCGGCCGGACAUCUUUCAGCCGGAAGCAAUUGAGAGUACCUACUCUUUAAGGCGUUUUCAUAUCAUGGGUAGCCGGAUUCUGUCGCGGUGCUUUACGGUUGAGAAAUGGUCGGGCGACGAAGAUCACGAUGCAGAAGACGCCCAAACCGAAGAGGAGGCUGAACAUGCGGAAGCAGGAGACGCUUCUUUCGUGUCAUCAGACGCUGGCGGUACCCAAUCGGGACAAAAUAACAUGGAUGUCGACGAGGAACCCGCCGCGGGCCCUGUUCUUGGCGAUGCGGAAGAUAGCGAAGACGAGGACGAUUCGGGCGACGUCGCUAUGGUCCCAAUGGCUGACAUGCUGAAUGCUCGUUAUGGAUCUGAGAAUGCGAAACUGUUCUAUGAAUCCCGAGACCUUCGCAUGGUCACUACCAAGCCUAUCGCAUCGGGCGAGCAAAUUUGGAACACCUAUGGAGAUCCACCUAAUUCAGAUCUUCUUCGUCGAUAUGGUCAUGUGGACCUCCUUGCUCUAUCCGAUGGUGACGGAAUGGGGAACCCUUCUGAUAUCGUCGAAGUCCGCGCCGACCUCGUCCUGAAUCAUGUCAACUCGAAAAAGCAGUCACAUGAACUAGAAGAAAGAAUCGAUUGGUGGCUAGAAGAGGGUGGCGAUGACGUUUUCGUCUUUACCCGCGACGCAGAGUUGCCUUCGGAACUAGUAUCGCUGAUUCGAUUGCUUAUUCUCCCUCCGACUGAGUGGACCAAAACGCGCGACAAAGGUAAACUCCCCAAAGGCAAAGUGGACGACGUACGGAUACUUCACGUCGUCACCGGCGCCCUGCAUGAGCGCCUGCAACAGUAUCCCACCAGCAUUGAGGAUGACGAGGCGCUUCUGGCUACUGCGCUUUCAGAGAACAAGCGACAGGCAGUGAUAGUCCGGCUAGCAGAGAAGCACAUACUGCGGAAGGCACUCCAUCACGUCGAAACCCUGGUCGGGCAGAUGACAAGGAAACCUCCGAGCGGCAUGCUCAAGAGGAGCGCUGGCAAAAAUGGCACCGAAAAGCAAAGUAAGAAGGUAAAACAUCGGUAA